GAGCGGUGGAGAAACUGUCUUCAGAAGUUAGCCUGGGUAUGCGGGAGGUACUGACUAUGCAGUCUCCCCUUUCAAACCUCCUGCAGGCCUGAUCUGACUGCGGUCCCGGUCCCGGGGUGCCCAUGAGGCGGGGAGCCCUGACGCUGGGCCAGGCAGUGGACGUCCUCAUUGCCUUCUGGGGAGGAGGCGUGUCAGACAAGGCCUGUACUUUAUUUAUUGGAUUCUAGAUCUGGAAGAUCAACGCAGGGAUCCCUCAGCCAACUGUGAAAUCAGGAUGUGGCGCACACCUGCGUGUUAACGUGGUUCCUGCCUUGGGCCUCAUAGUGAACAUACCGAAGGAGCAAACAAUUCACUUUUCCUUGGACUUGCUAUCUGAGUCCUGAAGAAACAUUGUUCUUAUACCAUGGGAAGUGGCGCCUCAACCCACCAUCAUUUUGCUUUCCAGAAUGCAGAAAAAGCCUUCAAGGCAGCGGCCCUGAUCCAGAGAUGGUACCGGCGCUACAUGGCACGCCUGGAGAUGAGGCGGCAGUGCACCUGGAGCAUCUUCCAGUCCAUGGAGUACGCUGGGCAGCAAGACCAGGUCAAGCUCCACGAUUUCUUCAGCUACCUUGUGGACCACUUCACCCCCAGCAGUCACCGUGAGAGGGACUUCCUGAACCGCAUGUUUACUGAGGAGAGAGUCCCCCAGGACUCCGAGGUAGAGAAAUGCAGCGACUAUGAAUCCAUAGAGGUGCCAGACAAUUACACGGGGCCACACCUCUCCUUCCCACUCCUUCCUGACCAAGCAACUGCCCUGGUGGAAGCUUUCAGGCUGAAACAACAGCUACAUGCUCGCUAUGUCUUGAAUCUUUUGCAUGAAACCAGAAAACAUCUGGUACAGCUGCCAAACAUCAAUCGGGUCUCCACCUGUUACAGUGAGGAGAUCACAGUAUGUGGAGAUUUACAUGGUCAGUUGGAUGACUUAAUAUUCAUAUUUCAUAAGAAUGGCCUCCCAUCCCCAGAGCGAGCCUAUGUGUUCAACGGUGAUUUUGUGGAUCGAGGCAAGGAUUCGGUAGAGAUCCUGAUGGUCCUUUUUGCCUUCAUGUUGGUUUACCCCAAAGAGUUCCAUCUUAACCGAGGAAACCAUGAGGACCACAUGGUGAACUUACGAUAUGGCUUCACCAAGGAAGUGAUGCAAAAAUAUAAGACGCAUGGCAAGAAAAUACUACAAAGACUGCAAGAUGUUUUCUGUUGGCUUCCACUGGCCACGCUGGUGGAUGAGAAAGUCCUGAUUCUUCAUGGUGGUGUGUCAGACACGACUGACCUAGAGCUUUUGUCUAAACUAGACAGGCACAAGAUUGUUUCCACCUUGAGGUGCAAAACAAGAAAAGAGAACGAGAAGCAAGCGGAGGAGAAGGGAAAAGCCAAGCAGACGAGCUCUGCAGGGAGCCUCGCCCCGUGGUUUCUCCCCCAAAGCUGCUCUCUCCCCUCUUCGCCCCUUCAUCUCAGCUCCCACAAGACCCACAAAGCUGGACGCUCCUCCAGCGUCCCCUGCAGCACCCCCCUGGACCCCAGAGGGCUCUCCCGGCAGGCGAGGCGCUCCGUGGACCUGGAGCUGGAGAGGUGCCGGCAGCAAGCAGGCUUCUUGGUGAUCAAGGAGAAGGAGGAGCCCUGGGUCUUCAACCCAGAAGCUGACUCUGCAGCUGGGGAGCUGCUGGAGCCCACUCAGGAGGAGUGGAGGCAGGUUGUAGAUAUUCUGUGGAGUGAUCCCAUGGCUCAGGAGGGCUGCAAGGCCAACACUGUUCGAGGAGGAGGCUGCUAUUUCGGGCCGAAUGUGACAAAACAGCUGCUACAGAAAUACAACCUGCAGUUCCUGAUCCGCUCACACGAGUGCAAACCCGAAGGCUAUGAAUUCUGCCACAGCCGCAAGGUGUUAACCAUCUUUUCUGCUUCCAACUACUAUGCAGUUGGCAGUAACAGAGGGGCCUAUGUCAAGUUGGGGCCAGCCCUGACCCCACACAUCGUGCAGUAUCAAGCUAACAAGGCGACCCACAUGCUGACCAUGAGGCAAAGGAUUAGCAGAGUAGAGGAGUCAGCUCUAAGAGCUCUGCGGGGAAAGUUAUUUGCUCAUUCCUCAGAUCUUCUUGAGGAAUUUAAGAAGCAUGAUAAUGGUAAAACAGGUUUAAUCACCCUGAGUGACUGGGCAGCCGCUGUGGAGUCUGUGUUGCAUCUAGGACUGCCAUGGCGGAUGCUGAGGCCACAGCUGGUGAACAGCUCAACAGAUAACAUGCUGGAGUACAAGUCCUGGCUGGAGGACUUGGCCAAAGAACAACUGAGUCACGAGAACAUACAGUCGAGUUUGCUGGAAACACUGUAUCGCAACCGAUCUAACCUGGAGACCAUUUUUAGGAUGAUAGACAGUGAUCAUUCAGGGUUCAUCUCACUGGACGAGUUCAGACAGACUUGGAAGCUGUUCAGCUCCCAUAUGAAGAUGGACAUCACAGACGACGGUAUCUGUGACCUUGCCCGGAGCAUUGACUUCAACAAGGACGGCCACAUUGACAUCAAUGAGUUCCUGGAGGCCGUCCGCCUCGUGGAGCAGUCCUGCUCAGAGGGAGACGCCGCAGAUUGCCCACAAGCCACCAACACUCAGGGCAGUGGCUCCUGGCCUGCCACUGAGGACAGCCUGGUCUCUGUUACCCAAGUUGCCUCAUAAGCGAUGCCAAGCGAUAUCACUGGAAUAGCUUCCUUAUUCUCCAUACAUUUGUGAAACUUUAUGCUGAGAAUUUGCCAGCUAACAUGCCUCAGAAUCACCUUUGUAUUUGAGGGUGCAGGGUGGUGUGCGUGUGUGUGUGUGUGUUGUAUUUUUAAACAUAUAGGUGACAUAGCCUAUGUAUUUAGAAUUUUCACAAGGUGGGACCCAAGUAUUAGUAUCUUUAAAGUCUGAAGCCUACCCCAGUUAUGAAUCACUGAUAAUUCAACUCCCUCAUUGUUUCCAUUUUCACCUUUUAUUUAUUACUUUUAAAAUGUCAUAUUGGUAAAGGAAAGUCAUGAAAAAUUAUUUAUGUAAUCCCAUGACCUAAACAUAUGGAUUCUUUUUAUUACUUUUUCUUAUUAUAACUAUAGUAUUACAUAAUUGAAUGUUCUGCUUUUUUU